AUGUUGACUCAAUCCCUUUCCUUCUCCUCAGAUCAGUUUUCUUUAGCUUCCUCUGGUGGUGUGGUUGUAUCUGCGCAGAGUACUACAAAAGCAUCGUCGUCACCCAAAAUGAUGUCCUCAACCACCACUUCUAGUGCUUCAUCUUCAACGUUACAACAACCACAACUUGAACAACAGUUGAGGCCUCAAGAACAUGUUUGUACCUCAAACUCCAUUGCAGAGAGUUCUCUUUCUUCAUCGUUGGCUGUUUCUUCACCAAAUUCAGGAAUUUUGUAUGAUCCCUUGGCUGAGAGAUGUUUUCAACCUCAACCUCCACCACCAAUGAUGACACAUCAUCAUCAGCUUCCAACCCUGAAUAAGGCACCCAAAGGAUCUCUUCAAUCGUUUCAUCUCUUGUUGGGUGCAUUGGAUUAUAUCAAUCAAGAACAUGGUCAGGAUUAUCCAAGAUUUAGCAACACCUUGUGGUCGAGUGGAGGCUCCGAAGAAGAGGAAGAACCAGAACUCAAAUAUUCCACUACCACCCCCACACCACUCAGAGAGAGCCAUCCUUCUUCAUCCCCUCAUUCAUUGAACAAUUCAAUGACCAGUAGUCAUCAUCAUUGGAAGAGUAGCAACAUCAACGAUGAAAAUACCACUCGAGCCAUUCCGAAAAGAGAGAGACAUGAGGAAGAGAAUGAGAAUGAGGAAGAGUUCAAUGAGGAAAAGCAAACAUUUUCAAAAUCGAAUCCUUCUUCUCACUCUUCCACUCGAAGAUCUACCUCUUCAGCAAAAAACCGAGGUCUUCAUUCUUCUCCACCUCCUCAACAACACCUCAAUAGUGAAGGUUUGCAAAUCUGUGCCUGUUGUAAAAGAGACUCCAACACUGUGAGUUUCCUAAAGAAUUAUUCCAUUCAUCAAGGAAACAUUCAUAAUUAUCGGAAUUGCUUCCCAGAGUAUGAGGUCGUUCCUGGAAUCUCGUGCAUGACUUGUUAUCAUAAACAAUGGCGCUACACGAAAGGACUCUAUGACCCUAACAAGGCCAAAUCGACUGGAGUUAACAAGAGGGAAGGUAAAUCCAACAAAUCUUCCUCGUCGACUCCGACGAAUAGCAUGACCAACACUCACUCCCAGGAACUGACGAGCAGUGCUGAAGAAGGGAAUUCAAAGAGGAAAAAGUCGUCUUCCUCAAGCUCUUCAUCUUCCUCCACCAGCUCUUCCACCUCCGAUCCAAACAAGAGAAAGAAAGUUGAGAAUGAAGAAGAAAAUAGUGAAAGAAUGAACAAUAGUAUGGAAGGAAUGAAGGAGGAAGUCAAGAAGCCUCGUAAACUAUCAAAGAGAAGACACACCCAAUUGGCAGAAUCUUCAUCCUCUGCCAAUCUAGUAUUUAGUGCUGCUCCUCCAAUGAGUGAGCCAUUCACAACGUCAGAUGCACCACACAUGUCAUCACCCUCCUCCUCCUCCUUUAUUCAUCCUUCAACUUCUACUUCUAUUGAGGGCUCUGAAGCUUCAGAAUCAAGAACAAACCUUCAUCAUGACCAUGCCAUUCGAUUACUCCUAAAGUUCCAAUAUUCAACCUCAAAUAAUUCAGUUGAAGAAGUUUAUACUUGUAACAUGUAUUGCGAUUUUGUUCCAACUACACUGGCAAGCAUCAAGUCGUUGGUGAUGAGCAAGUUGAGAAACAAAACCACUGGAUUUUCAAAUUGUGAAGCUAUUUUGUGGUCCUCUUCUUCAUCGGAGCAGACAACCCCAAGCAGUGAACGAGUUGUAUUGACCGAUGAAGAAUUGAAGAGGAGAUCUCUUAGGAAUGAUGAUAUCUUGUACGUCUUUUAUUUAGAUUUGAGGGGAAGUCUAUUAUAUGAACACCGAUGUAGCCUCAAUGAUAUGAAUUCGACUACACUUACAACAACCUCCAACUUACAAUCACCUUACAAAAAAAAAUCAAACAAAAUGUCUUCGACUGCUCAACAAUCUAGAACUCAAUCUGUUACCUUCGAGGAAUCACUCACCUUGAUGAGGAAUUUGAUGCGGACUGCAAUUUCGUCGGUGUGCUAUUUGAGAAAUAUAUUCCCUGAAGAUUGCUUCCAAGAUAAAAGCCUUAGCGGGAUCAAUAUCAAGUCUCUUCAACCUGCCAACGAUGAAGCUCGAACACUGAUUGAUUGGCUCGAAAAGGGUGUCUUCGAAGCACUCAAGAAAAAGUAUUUGAGAGUAAUAAUAUUUGGAGUGUGCUCUGAUCCAUCCAACGAAAUGGAAAGCAUGAUUGAGAGUUAUGAGUUCAAGAUCACUUACCCUGACCGAGAAGGAGCUCAAGUGAAUGUUUCACGAGUAGAAAACAAUCAAACCAAUAAGAAGGUUGGCAUUAAAUGUGGGCAAACAAAGCAGGAAAUCACCCAGUCAAUGAUUAUGAUGUUGAGAACUUUGAUUACUCUCGCUCAGACCCUUCAACCAAUCCCGGAAACCAGGUACAUCACCAUGAAGUUAUUGUACUAUGAAGAUGUUACUCCUGUUGAUUACGAGCCAGCGUUUUUCAGAGCUUUGCGAGAAGAUGAAUCGAAGCAGUUCAAUAAGGAAUUUGUAAAGCUCAAAAUCGGCCAGGUGGAAACACAAUAUCACAGUUUGCAUAUUAGAGUAAGAACAAAGUCUGAUAAUUUUGAAUGUGAUGCUGAAGGAAAGAGAGAGAUGGUUGGAAAUGAUGAAGCACCAAGUGAUGCAUCAUUUCCUCUUGCCAAGAAUAAUAAUGAGGCAACCCCUCCCUCCUCUCAAUGGGCAGUUCGAGUACAAGAUCAGGAUCUACCAAAGGAAAAAGAAACCAAUAAGGAGUCAAAGAGUGAAACCUCUCAUAAUGACAGUGAAAGUGAUGCAACUCAGCUCUCCCAAGAAGAGACAGUCACCAACACCGACGAUGAAUUGAAAAAUUUCAAAAAAGAAAUUGAGAAGGUGGGCCUUUUUUCCUUUACCAUGAAAGAAGCCAAAACCAUGAUAUUCAAGAGCUACUCAAUUAAGGAAGAAGACCUUAUCGCUUACAUUGAAAAGAAAAGAAAUGACGAGAUUGAAGAAAUGGACGAUCAAGAGAAAUCCUACCUAAAGGCGUUGGCCUUCGUUCUAUCUGAAGAAUAUGUCACUGCUAGUGCAUUAGGUUCAGAAGUUGGUAUUAGCACCUACCUUGCCUCCAAGUUCUUGACACGGAUGGAAAAAGAAAAUUUUGUAAAAGUGGCUAGCAAUAAGAGGAAGGGAAAGAAAGUUAUUCCCAACGAAAGAAAGUUGAAGGAGGUCAUGGAAAUGCUAAUCUAUAUAAACAAGGAAGGUACAUCCAAAAAAACCAAGACCAACACCAAGAAGGAUGAUAAACAGCCAGCUCAGAAAGAUGAAAACGUGUCAGACAGUGAGCACGAGGUGGAUCCUGAUGUCACACCACGGAAAGGCAGCAAAGAAAAAACCUUAGCAAGAUCGGAACAGACAACCAAAAAACAAGUUGCGGAAGCAAAAAAGAAUUCCGAAGACGUUUCGAACCGAAUCACCGGAAUGAAAAGAAAGACCAUUUCUCAGUUUGAGGUGAGUUACAGUCAGGAUGGUCUUUCCCAACAUCCCCAAGCCUCUUUCAACAUGGACGAGUUUAGUCCAAGAGCUCUCCCUCCAAAUCAUAACAAAGUCAGCACCGUGGUUGAGCCAAUUCAACAAAAGAAGAGAAAGUUCUAUAGAGAUCCAAAGAAACUUUCAUGCAUGUAG